UCAGAUCCAGACCUCUUGCACAACCUUGUAAAAUAUUUAUGUUCCUGUUUUCAGUUUAAAACAACUAACACUUUAAUACGAGGGCUUUUAUUUUGAAACAGCCGGAAGCGCUCGUGUUUUGAAAGAAGACGCUGUCAUGGUCCGUCAGCUCUAAGCAGUAAUUUCCCGUUGAAAGCGACACUAGCUCGUCCACUGAUGUAACUGCCUCACAGAAAGCUACGAUGGGCUUCACACGGGAAAGCUUUGCCGGUGUCAAACCGUCGACAUCGCUGCUGUCGCUGCCUUGUCUGGUGACGGUUCUUCUCGUCGGGAGCCGAGGCGGUAGCAGCGCGAUGGACAACGCGGCCACUGAGAUGAUGGCUGAGCAGAGCCACCGACAGGACAGCGCCAGUCUGCUCAUAUUCAUACUGCUGCUAACACUCACCAUUCUGACCAUAUGGCUGUUCAAACACAAGCGAUUCAGGUUCCUGCACGAAACUGGACUCGCCAUGAUUUAUGGUCUGUUGGUGGGGGUGAUUCUGCGGUUUGGUGUCCACGUGCCCCAGAGCAUGACGGAUGUGAUGCUGAGCUGUGCUGUGAAUGCCAGCCCUGCUACUCUGCUGGUCAACGUCAGCGGCCGAUUCUACGAGUACACUCUGAAGGGUGAAGUCAGCCAGGGCAAAGGUCACCAAGUGCAGGACGACGAGAUGCUGAGAAAGGUGACAUUUGACCCAGAAGUGUUUUUUAACAUUCUGCUGCCUCCUAUAAUCUUCCACGCUGGUUACAGUUUGAAAAGGAGACAUUUUUUCAGAAACAUCGGCUCCAUUCUGGCUUACGCUUUCAUGGGAACAGUCAUUUCUUGCUUUAUUAUUGGGUUGAUCAUGUAUGGCUGCGUGUCGUUCAUUAAACUUGUUGGCCAGCUGGGAGAAGAUUUUUAUUUUACUGACUGCCUUUUCUUUGGGGCCAUCAUUUCAGCAACAGACCCAGUGACCGUGUUGGCGAUAUUCAACGAAUUGAAGGUUGAUGUAGACCUUUAUGCUUUACUCUUUGGGGAGAGCGUCCUCAAUGAUGCUGUGGCCAUUGUUCUCUCCUCCGUUCUCCUCCGCUUGGAGAAACAGAUUAGAGAAGGGGCUGGAGCUCUGCGCUUCCCAGGUCAUGAUGGUGGCACAAAGGAAUGGCAGGGAGAAAACCAGACAGUAACUCCCACUAAUGGUUCUAUAGUUGCUUACCGGCCUGCAGGUGACAACAGCCACAGCUUUGAGGCCAUGGCCAUGUUGAAAUCUUUCGGCGUCUUCUUGGGUGUCUUCAGUGGAUCCUUGGCUCUCGGAGUAGCCACUGGAGUCGUGACUGCUCUCGUGACCAAGUUCACCAAGCUCAGGGACUUCUCCUUGCUGGAGACUGCUUUGUUUUUCCUCAUGUCCUGGAGCACCUUCCUGUUGGCUGAGGCCUGCGGGUUCACGGGUGUGGUGGCGGUGCUGUUCUGUGGGAUCACUCAGGCUCACUACACCUACAACAACCUCUCCCCUGAAUCUCAGGACAGAACCAAACAGUUGUUUGAGCUCCUGAACUUCCUGGCAGAGAACUUCAUCUUCUCCUACAUGGGUCUCACGCUCUUCUCCUUCCAGUCACAUGUUUUUAACCCUUUGUUCAUUAUUGGAGCCUUUGUGGCAGUGUUUCUGGGCAGAGCCGCAAACAUCUACCCUUUGUCUUUCCUGCUCAACUUGGGCCGUAAAAACAAGAUCGGAGCCAACUUGCAGCACGUCAUGAUGUUUGCAGGACUGCGAGGAGCGAUGGCCUUUGCUCUUGCUAUACGAGACACAGAGACUUACGCCCGUCGGAUGAUGUUCUCUACCACCCUCCUCAUCGUCUUCUUCACUGUCUGGGUGUGUGGCGGGGGCACCACGCCCAUGCUGUCCUUUAUGAGUAUACCGGUGGGAGUGGACUCUGACCAAGAAGCCUCUAGCUCAGCAGUUACGGGUGGGACACAGCAAAGAAACACCAAACAUGAAAGCGCCUGGCCCUUCAGGAUCUGGUACAACUUUGACCACAACUACCUGAAACCCCUGCUGACCCACAGUGGCCCUCCUCUCACUGCUACGCUGCCUUCCUGUUGCGGGCCACUUGCACGAUGCCUCACCAGCCCUCAGGCCUACGAGAAUGAAGGUCAACUUCACGACGAUGACUCUGACUUCAUCCUGAACGAUGCCAACGUGAGCUCCAUGUUUGCCGACGUCACCGUCAGCACGGACGCGUCUGGGUCGCACACCAUCAACCGCAAGUGUUCGUCCACCAACAGCACCGGCGGCGGCGCGUCCGAGGAGGCUCUGGAUCACGAGCUCUCCCUGACGGAGCACGAAGUAGCAAUCAGGGGCACGCGCCUGGUCCUACCCAUGGACGACCCGGUGGAGCCCCCGACCACCGUCACCCUGCCGCCGCCGCCUUCUCCGCCUCGCUCCGACCCUCGCAGGCACAGAUUAUAGGAAAGAGUUUGUCAUUUCAGAAAGCGGGAAUCACUAAGUUGAUUUUGCAGUAACUGUUUUGGUGUCAUAUUCGUGAGGCUCCCUCUCCGCCUCUAGUCUCAGCUUAGUGACAGAACUGAGGUGUGUUUGAUUUAAGCCGUUAUAUGUGAAUUACUGUGAUUUUGAAUGUCAGUGCAGAACAUAUAAGGUACGAUGCCGUAAAUCAAGAACAUCUCAAUUUAUUUAUAGAGUACUUUAAAAUUAAGCAAACUGCUCAUUUGGCUGGUAAAUUUGUACUGUGCUUAUCCAUCUCUGCUACAGCGCCCAAACGCUGCCUGGUUGUUCCGUUUGUUGUGGUGCCAUCACUCCUGACAAAGGUCUUGUCUCUAGCUUCCUAUGAGUGAGUAUUACUAGAUGACAUUCAGUAUGUUACAUUUAUGCCAUUUCACAGUUACUACUGGUGAGUGAGGUGCGUCCUCACUUAAAAAGCACCUUAAUUUCAUGGAUUAAACAAUAAAUUGAUUAACAGAAUAAUCAGAUUAAUGGAUGAAGUAAAAAUAUUUUAGUCAAAAUUCCUUUUGGAAAAAAAUGUAACCAAAGACUAACAACAGUGUCCAGGUACAUUUGUUCUAUUUUGUUUUAGCACUACCUGUUUCUUUUCCUCCUGAGGUGUCAUUUUAUGUUGUUUUAUUUAAGAAAAGGUACUGGAAUUUAUUCUGUUUUCUUUAGUUAAUUUAUUGUUUUGUAGGGUGGCAUUAAUGAUGAUCUUGCCUCGUUCUUAAUAAGGCUGCUCACUAGAGAAAUGCUAUCGUGUGGUAACGUUUCCUCAAAACUCCUACGACUCUUAAAAGUCCGGCUUCAUUGCACAGGAGGGAAGUGGAUAUUCAUUCCAGGAGAACAAUGUUAGCGUGUUAAAAGCCUCCAUGUACUGUAGCAGAUGCUUCUACUUCAUAUCUGAACACUAAACUUCCCUGUGUGUGCGUGUGUGAUCUACUGAUGGGGUCACCAGGGCUAAUGUUUGUUUAACUGCCGUGUCUUUGUGAUGCUGCGUCAUCAGAGACGACUUGGAGGGCUGACUGAACUGUUUUCAAUUUUAAGUGCCUAUUCAGGAACUGACCUAAUGUAGAUGUGUACAUAUUUGAUUCGCUAAUGUUAAUCGUUCUGACUUUUUUUGUUUUUAUUUAUUAAACGAUUCUGAUGUUCAGCAUAGACUCCCAUAAUAACUAACUCAGUGGUGACAGUCUAACUGUUUUGUGAUCAGUGUACAAUCUAAACUUUUAUCAAAACUUAAGUGACAUAAAUGAGACCAUGGGGUGGAGGGUACACUUGACUGACACCAUGUUUGUUUGCACCACCACUAAGCCUGUCUGCCUGUUUUUGCAUCAUGUCAGUCAAGUGAGAUUCUCCCUUUAUCCAGUUUGCUGCAGAGAAAACCCAACUUAAACUGCUGAUUUGUGACUGAAGCAGACAUUAAAUUGUCAUUCACCAGAUGUGAAAAUGUUGCACGUAUAUUGUUGUUUUGUUCAGCUCUUAAUUCAAGGAAUCAGUUUCUGCACAAUUAUUUAAAGAUGUGGGCUUAAGGGAGUUUUUUUAUAUAAGGUACCCUGUUAAUUUCCUGUUCAAAUGAUGUACGACAUAAUAACAAACUGUCUUUUUGAAAGAGAAAACAGUUUUUUUGAACAUUAACUAAAUGUUUGACGGCGACUUGUAGAGCUCAUUCAGGUGACAGUGUAUUUGUGAAAAUGACACCUGAACAAGGUCCUUAUGUGUUUUUAAAAUGUGACCUUUAAAAGAUUUUCUUUCUCUUGUAGUCCUGAACAACACAGUGUCUCCUCAGUCAGACAUCUUACUACUGUACUGGAUGUAAAUAAAAACAAGUUAAGUACAUUCA